GCUAGGCUUUGAUUGGCAGAUGAUAGCAGCUGCGGAGUUGUGGAGUCAUGGCGGAGCUCCGCCGCACCUCUGAUCAUUGGAGUUACGGCGAGAAUUUGUGAUAAACUGUCAAACUUUCUAACAAAUUUAAAAUGAUCGAAAGCGAGUUAAAGUUACGAGCGCCGUCAGACCACCGUCAAUCGAUUUGAAACCGAGACCUGGCAAAGAUGUGAGACUCUCCGGAGCCGAAGAAGAAGAAGGAAAAAAACCGUUGGAGUCUCUCCUAAAGUCGCAAAUAUGGCUUCUUGCUUCUUUCAAUCUCACACAAAAAACUCUUUAACAGGAGCGUCGUUGUUUUCAGCGCUUAGUGUCGUUCUGUAGCGGGCGGACCGGGUGUGAUGGAUCCCAAGCACAAAGAGUUGUUAGAGCAAUGCCAGGAAAAGUUGUCGGAGUCCGUCACAGAUGUGGACCGGGUUCUGGAGCUGCUGGCCCAGUCAGGGAGUCUGAGCCCGGCCGAGCGAGCGGAGCUCGACAGAAACUGCUCCAGCUCCGCCGAGAAGGUCCAUCUGCUCCUCAAGACUCUGGUGGAGAAGAAGGAGAGGGAUCAUUUCCAGGAGUUCUGCUGGGCUCUGGAGAAAACCCACCCGGUGCUGCUCAGCGCUCUGCUGCCUGCGAACAACAACACGGGUGUGUCUCAAAGUAGUAAGCUCCUGCACGAUGAGUUCCAGCGCACAGAAACUUGA